GUGGAAGGUGGUGGUGCAAACUAUGUUGCGCACACCUUGGAUGUAUCCACGAAGGCGGCGAUCUACGUAUAUAAAGUCGUCGGGGCAAGACGCCGGGUUCAGAAGACCUGUACUACUCCUCUCGAUCUAUCGUGUCGGAAACACAGAGAGAGAAUUCGCGUGACGGGGCAGAUCCGCGAGAUCCGACCAGCUGAUCGAUUGAAUCAAAUUCGGAGAAGGGCCCGUUUUUCGUGCAACGUCCCGGUCUCUUCCUUCCCUCUGCGACUCUGUAGCUUCGGGGCCCAACAGCAGCAUGAAGGCAAUUUUAGUGUUCGCUUUACUCGGUCUGAGUGCAUGUCUGGCCAAUCCUCUAGAGAAGAAAGAGAAGAUCGGCGUUACCGAGCCGCAGUCCGUGACGCUGACAGAUCGCGCAAAGUACGAAGAAGAGCUUCUUCGCAAACUCAACUCGAAAUGCUCCCAAAAUGACAUCAGCAGCUGCGUGAUACUGAAGUUGGUGACGUACAUGAACAAAUUGCUGAAGAAGGCCUCGAUCGAGCUCACGGACGACAUCGAGAUCAGGAAAACGAGCCAGACGUCGGAAGACGUUAUCACGUUCGAAGCUGGCAGGAGCAAGGACGACGAGACUCAGUUCCUCGAUCUUGUCGCGAACAAGAUUUACGCCUUCGUUAAGUCGAGGAGUAUCAAAUGGAGAAUUUUGCCCGACGACGAUAUCGUCGUCUCGGCGUCGGAGGACGAGACCGGUUCGUUAAAUCUGGGUCUUUCCAUCGAACCAUCCGACAAACCUACUCAAGAUGGUCGCGGAAAGAAAAACAACAACAUGGGUCCGUUGAUGGCCGCGGCUAUUCUGAAGAUCGGUCUCAUCGGCGGUCUCGCGUUCAAGGCUCUCGCCCUUCUGGUCGGCAAGGCUCUUCUCCUGUCAAAGAUCGCUCUCCUGCUGGCCGGUAUCAUAGGCCUGAAGAAACUCUUCUCGCAUGGGAAACACGUGACCUAUGAGGUGGUGGCGCAUCCUCACCACGAUCACGGCCACGGCGAUAGUUACUCGAGCGGGUGGGCGAGAAACUUCUACGGACAGACGCCGACCUCCGGUCAGACAGACGCUCACGAGCUGGCGUACUCGGCGCACGUGAAGUGAACGUUACCCGAUCUAUUGUCGGAGCAGGAUCCAAAGAUCGUCGCCGACGACAAUCGACGUCCUUGGAUCCGCGCAUCUCUCGAGCGUAUUAUUUAUUUGUACUCACUUCAUCUUUUUCCGUCUUUUUUUCAUCCCUUUCGAUCGCUCCUCUCGUUGCUCUCUUUUCCAUUAUUAUCUUCACCAUGCUCAAAGGACGGACUGAACGACACGUGAAUAUGUCACUGACACACGACAACGUUGUACGUAUAAUUACCGCAACGGCGACAUCAAAGACGCUACGUUACAGAUUAUGGACGUGCAGCCGUUAGAUUAUAGACAAGAGUCUCUCAUUGUUUAAAUGCGUACGGAGGAUACGCAUCGCAAGACUCUUGUCUACUUUCGUGACUUUUGAAUAAUCACGGAUACUGCGAGACUCUCGUCAUCGAGAAGAUUCACACACGUUUCCAUAGAUUUGUUUGCUUAUAAUAUGCAGACCUGUGAUACGUCAAAGAGUUUUUAAGUACAUGCACAUGUUGCGUAUUAAACGUUAAAUAUGAUUAUCUUACGUUCGGUUUAACAUGUUUACUUGUGGCGUUAAAUGUGGUCGUAUAUAUCGUCGUGUAUUUCCUGUUGUAAACGGAAAGUUUAGAUAAAUGAAAUUUAGAAUUAUAGACGAGACCACAAUUAACGCCAAAUGUAGCAAACUCUUAGAUAAUAUAUAUAUAUAUAUAUAUACAUAUAGUUUUUAUUUGCUAUUGUAUUUAUUGAUGUUUUAUUUCAUUUAUUAUUUAGAUAAUCAUUUUUAAUGUUAAAUGCACUGCGCGUGUAAACAUAUAGGUAUGAGUAUUUUCGAAGUAAACAUUUGACGUAAAAUAUCAAUCGUAAUAUUAGAAAUAAUAAAGUUUGUUUUGCAAAAUUAAUAAUUUCAUGUAAUUAUGGAAAUUAUUAAAACCUAACUGUAAUAAAUUCUAAACUAUCAUAAAAAAAAUUCAAAAGUCUCACACACACACAAAUGUGCAAAUAAUUUGUUGAGCUCUCUUUUUCGCGCAUUAGUAAAUUAGAACAAGCUGUUUUUAUCAGAGAGUCUUGUGGCGAUCUGCUUGACGGAACGAACGACUUGUUUUGUUUUUAAGUUUACAUAAAUAAAGUUCUCUUAACGGAAGGACAGAACACUCGGACGUAUAAUGCCAAACUAACUAAAAUAAUAAAUAACGACGCAUGAAGCGCAUAAUGUAUUUAUAUAUACGUUCAAUUUAUACCAUUUAAUUAACGAGACUGCGAAAUGUAUUAUAAUUUUUUGUUAUUUUUUUAUAUUAUUGAUAUUUUUUAUUACUUUUUGUAUGUAA